AUGCCUGCCAGCGUGCUCCAAGAGGAGGGGAAUUCCUCAGCCUCUAUAACAGUCACUGUGGGCACCGUCACCGCCAGGGCAACGAGGAAUGGGGGAGCAGGCAUGGAGAAGGCCCUGUCCAACCAAGAGGACUUGGGAGGAGACCGGGGCAUGACGGACGAUAUCUUUGACGAGAGCUACUGUGAGAAGGAGGGCCCCAAGCCUGCCAAGAGAUACGUCUGGAGGAACAUCGUCCUCAUGAGCCUGCUGCAUUUAGGGGGCUUGUACGGGUUGUGGCUGAUACCUGCAGCAAAGCCUGUCACCUUGGCAUGGGGGUUCCUGUGUUUCCUGCUGAGUGCUCUGGGGGUCACAGCUGGAGCGCAUCGUCUCUGGAGCCAUCGGUCCUACAAAGCUGGCUUGCCCCUCAGGAUCUUUCUGGCUAUUGCCAACUCCAUGGCUUUUCAGAAUGACAUCUACGAGUGGGCCCGAGAUCACCGCGUCCACCACAAGUUCUCUGAGACCGACGCGGACCCCCAUAACGCCACGCGGGGCUUCUUCUUCUCCCACGUUGGCUGGCUGCUGGUGCGCAAACACCCCGACGUCAUCGAGAAGGGCCGGAAGCUAGACCUGGCUGACUUGAAGGCCGACAAAGUGGUGAUGUUCCAGAGGAGGUUUUACAAGCUUUCUGUGGUGGCCAUGUGUUUCCUGUUCCCCACCCUAGUGCCCUGGUGCUUCUGGGGGGAAUCUCUCCGCAACAGCUUCUUCCUCCCCGCCAUCCUGCGCUACGUGGUAGUGCUCAACGCCAGCUGGCUCGUGAACAGUGCUGCACAUAUGUUUGGCAACCGGCCCUAUGAUCGAAACAUCAACCCCCGGGAGAACCACUUUGUCACGUUUGGAGCCUUAGGUGAAGGUUUCCACAAUUACCACCACACCUUCCCCUAUGAUUACUCCACCAGCGAGUUCGGCUGGCACUACAACUUCACCACAGCCUUCAUUGAUCUCAUGUGCCUCCUGGGGCUGGCCAGCGACCGCAAGAAGGUCUCCAAGGAGACCAUCCUGGCUCGGAAAAUUCGGACUGGUGAUGGCAGCCACAAGAGUGGCUGA